UUUUUCCGGGGUACCCUACUAAUUUGGUCCACUUCUCCUUGUAGGCGGCUUUCAUCCCCCAUCCAUUUCUACUUCCAUUUCCUACUCCUAAUUCUCUAUCUAAUACAUACUACAUACUACUAUAUUAUCUCUUUUUCCUUACCAUUCAAUCUAAAUCUCCUCUUUUUUUUGCCAAAAUUUCUUCACAAAAAAAAUGAUCAAAUUAUCAAAAUUUUCUUUUCAAAGUUCUCCAUUCGAAUUUAUGAUCAUAAUUUUAGUAAUAAAUUUAACAAUAUUCCCACAAAAUUCAAUGCAAGAUUCACCUUAUGUAUGUCCAUACCCCUGUCUUCCACCACCCAUAGCCGGCUCUACAUAUCCCACACCAACACCUACACCGAUUGUUCCUCGGCCUUCACCGCCUUCCACCACCGCCAACUGCCCACCACCACCGUCAGAAGGCGGCACGUAUUAUUACUCUCCGCCACCGCCGCAAUCACAAUACAUUUACUCCUCUCCACCACCACCUUCAUUAGGAUAUACCCCACCAAGUUAUGGUUAUUACCCUCCAGGAGGAGGGUAUGGAAAUGCUCCUCCCCCUCCUAACCCAAUUAUGCCUUAUUUUCCUUUCUACUUUAAGACUCCACCUCCUAAACCACAAGAUAUGUCUUCUACAACAAGAUUAUUAAUGAUGAAGCAAGUUCUAUUACAAGCUAGCUUUAGCUUAUGGUUGGUCAUGUUUUUAUUGUUUUUAUGAUUUCGGGGGAAGGAUAAUUCUCUACGGGUAAAAGGAAAAGAAAUUAACUUUUUAUCAAAAUAGAAUAUCGAUACUCUGUUACAAGGAUAAAAAGAAAAAUCAAAGGUAGUGAAAAAAAGUGUAUUCUUUAUUAGUAGCCUUUUGUGCUCUUUAUUAUGAUCAUUUUAAUUUUCA